GCUAUCGCUAUAUAUUCUUAAACAUAUCCUAAUCAAACGCUGUAGGAUCGUAGUGCUCACGGCUAAACGUCGUCACGGGUAUACUAAGGCUGUGCGCUUGUAUCUAGUGCCUAAUUGUUUAGUGUAGUGUGCGGGCACUAAAAGGCCAACUUUUGGUCAACGUGAAGCGGGAACCUAGCAAAGUCAACUACAAUGGAAGAGCAGCCCAAGUUAUUCACUCGCGAGGAGCUGAAGUCUCGCUGCACACGUAAAGACGCAGUGCUUAUCAUUCACAACGAGGUGUACGACGUCACAAAGUUCCUUGCAGAGCAUCCCGGUGGAGAGGAGGUCCUCCUGGAGAAGGGCGGCCAGGACGCUACGGAGUCCUUCGAGGAUGUGAGCCACAGCUCGGAGGCCAGAUCUCUCAUGGAGAAGUAUAAGAUCGGCGAUUUGGUGGAGGCGGACCGCGUGCAGAGCAAGAACGCGUUUGCGCCGCAGUGGAGCAACGACCAGGCGCAGGAGCAGGGCAACGCGUGGACGUCGUGGCUGACGCCGCUGCUGCUGGGCGUGGCGGCCACCAUCCUGUACCGGUACCUGUUCGCGUAGCCGCGCCGCGACCCGCCCGCCGCCCGCCGCCGCCGCGCACUACAUUGUGCUAACCUUAUGUAUUCAUAGGUAAAACAAACUGACUAAUUAUUGUCCAAGACUACGACUUCGUAUAUUUCACCACAUAUAAUAUCGUUUAUAAUGAUAUUAGCUAUGAAUCGUGUAAGAAAACAUCAGAUACACAACUGGUGAAUUUAUUAAGCGGGCGUCUCUCCUACGUUCCUCAGAUGUUCUCUGAGGAUUUUCGCCUCAUCAGAUUUACACUGCAUUUCUGACAGAAGACAUAAACACGAGAGGCUUAAAAUGCGCCCCAAACCGGAGCAUUAUAACAUUAUAAUUUUCUUUAUCUAUCUAGAUUUCAUAAAUGAAACUCAUUUAUGAAAUCUAUAAACCACUUAAAGUGACACAAUACAAUAGGAACACUUACUAUCACAAUGUAACAAGUGUAUAAGUUUGCCAAACUGCUGGGAAGUGCGGAGCGGUGGAGUGUUGGCGCUAUCUUGUUUUUUUUUAUGGGUUUGACGCAAAUGUCAAGUAACAAUUUCGGUAUUUAUAAUGGCUAUGUUUAAGUUUUAAGUGAAUAAGGGAGUGCAUCUUGGCAAUCGACACCAAAGGUUGUCGACCUAGUAUACAACAAUAACUAUCAAUAGAUACAUUUAUAAAGCCUAUAAAUAUUUAUUUCUACGAAAGUAGAUGUGAUUACAUUAUUAUGAGACAGAUUGAUUUAUAUUAUGUUCAUGUUAUUGGCAAUCUGUAUAGUCCCGGUAUACUAUACGUACGACAUUAUACUGUCGGUGACGUUUGUAACCGACUCAGAACAAGCACUAUUUCUAUACAUUGAAGGUAUUUUAUUGAAUACCGGAUUAUUAACAUUGCCAGUAGCAUUCAUUGUAUAAACAUAAUGAUAUAUGUAAGAAGUGUAUGGGGCUCUACGCUGUGUAACCUUGACUCUUAAUACCUGCUUGAUUUAUGCUCAUCGUCAGUUAUCAUUUUUUCGCCUCAACGAUGCCAGUUUGAACUUAAAUCUUGAUAGUUUAGGUGAUUAAGACUUUAUUAGGAGAAUAAGCGAAAGAUGGGUUUUUUUCUUUUACUUGUUAAGACGAAAACAAAAUGCUAUUUCAUAUUCAGUGAUGCACUGAGGUUACUUUCGCUAUGUGCUUUUAAUAUUUACGUCAACAUAGCAUUUUAUAAACGCUAGUUGGUCUGUGGAGAGGAAUAACACUUUAUUAUUAUUUGUGUGAAUGGAUGGGGGUAUAUUUAGGUGCUGAAUUCUAUAUGAUAUAAAAUGCCCAGCUUAAGGAAUUGUAUGAUGACAAUGUCAAUUAAAUAAUAAUAUAUACAUAGUAAUAUAUAGUAUGGUGUCCAUUGACUUGUUGUGGUUCCAGUAUGACAAAUGAUGCACAAAAUAAGUGUUUUGAAGAUGUUCUAUGUUUGUAACCAAUGUAAGUGCCUAGACGUUUAGAAUAGUGAUCAUGUUGUGUCUUUGUGCAGUGGAUCUAUUUCGAGGGUACCAUGGUGUAUUACUUUGAGAAUUCAUUUUAUAAUGAAUAUGCCUGAAAUUCAUUUUUCUUAUGUUACUGAAGUUUUAUAAUUUAUGUUGUUAUGCAUAAACAGUUUUAUUCUAA